GCAUCGCGCAGUGAGCAACCGGCCGCCUCGCCAGUCUGACCGCGAUAUGCUCGAUUUGACAAUAGUGUAUCUCUUUGUGCAUCGCGUCUAACUACCCGCCCGUCUCUCGCUCGAUACCAUACCAUUUCUAGCUUAGUGAUUUUUCUGUGAUAGUGAAAGAUAUUAGUGUAACUAAUAAUUUACCUAAGGACUUCGAAUCUUUUUCUUUGAUUAAACACGUGGGAUUAGAAUCGAUAGUGGACGUGUUCACCACUUUGUCUCCUUCAAGGUCAUAUAAGAAGAGCGAUCAGCGAUAAGAGGCAAAUGGGGAGGCAGAGGAUGGCAAGAUGAGCUAGCGGUAUGGGGGGCGAGGGGGCGGGCCGCGGCGCCGCGCGCUGGCAAGUGGGCGACUCGCCCCCGCGCGCGCCCAUGGGCUUUGCGGCGCCCGCGCAGGAUGCGCCACUCGACCGCGGCCUCACACCGGCGCCGGCGCCCGCGCAGCCAGCCACGGCCGCCGCGCUGCAAAGAGCACACUCUAGAUCGAUGUCAUCUUUACCUCCCGAGCCGUUUAUGAUGCUUCGGGCGAAAGCUCUCAGUAAGCGGGUGAUCAUUAAUGUUGGUGGUGUCCGUCAUGAAGUUUUGUGGCGAACCCUCGAGCGUCUUCCUCACACUCGUCUCGGAAGACUUCGAGACUGCAACACGCACGAGGCUAUAACCGAACUCUGCGAUGAUUACUCCUUGCAGGAUAAUGAGUACUUCUUUGACAGACAUCCGAAGAGUUUUAGUUCAAUUCUAAACUUUUACCGAACUGGCAAGUUACAUUUAGUGGAUGAGAUGUGCGUGUUGGCGUUUAGUGAUGACCUCGAGUACUGGGGCGUGGAUGAACUGUAUCUGGAGUCGUGCUGCCAGCACAAGUACCACCAGCGCAAGGAACAUGUUCACGAGGAGAUGCGAAAAGAAGCUGAAAGCUUGCGACAGAGAGAAGAAGAGGAAUUCGGACAGGGCACUUGUGCCCAAUACCAGAAGUGGCUGUGGGAUCUACUUGAAAAACCUACAACGAGUAUCGCUGCUCGGGUGAUCGCAGUUAUUUCGAUCCUCUUCAUCGUGCUGUCCACAAUAGGGCUCACUCUGAACACCAUUCCGCAAAUGCAAAUGUACGACGAGAAGGGCACACCCAUGGACAACCCGCAGCUGGCCAUGGUUGAGGCGGUCUGCAUCACGUGGUUUACCCUCGAGUACGUGUUGCGGUUUAGUGCCUCGCCGGAUAAAUGGAAAUUCUUCAAAGGUGGACUGAACGUAAUUGAUUUGUUGGCUAUCUUGCCAUAUUUCGUGUCUCUUUUUCUACUCGAAACCAAUAAGAACGCGACAGAUCAAUUUCAAGACGUGCGUCGUGUUGUACAAAUCUUUCGUAUCAUGCGAAUAUUGCGUAUCCUAAAAUUAGCCCGACACUCCACCGGGCUGCAAUCGCUCGGCUUUACUCUCAGGAAUUCGUACAAAGAACUUGGACUGCUCAUGUUGUUUCUUGCGAUGGGAGUGCUUAUAUUUUCCUCACUGGCAUACUUUGCCGAAAAGGAAGAACCGGGAACUAAAUUUAUUUCCAUUCCGGAAACGUUCUGGUGGGCCGGCAUCACCAUGACCACAGUCGGAUACGGUGACAUUUACCCCACGACCCCGUUGGGCAAGGUCAUCGGCUCAGUUUGCUGUAUUUGCGGCGUGUUGGUAAUUGCGUUACCCAUUCCCAUUAUCGUCAACAAUUUCGCCGAGUUUUACAAGAAUCAGAUGCGGCGUGAAAAAGCUCUCAAGCGACGCGAGGCCCUCGAGCGUGCAAAGCGCGAGGGCUCCAUAGUCUCCUUCCACCACAUUAACUUGCGCGACGCCUUCGCCAAGAGCAUGGACCUCAUAGACGUCAUAGUAGACACAGGACAUAACCUGUCACAAGCGGACGCGACUAGCCUGGAAGGCGAAGCGCCGGCCACCACAGGUUGUUACAAGCAAUACGAACAUGCAAUGGCCAAUAAGAUAGCGCAGGCGACUGAUCCUAAUCAGUUUCAGACCAGUCCUAAUAAGGACCUUCGCUAUUCUACAGAGGGCUUGGGCACGCCGGAGAAACGCUUGCUUAUUAACCCAGAACCGACUCCAGAAAAGAAGAUGGCUGAAAAACAGCUUGACUUGGAUCAGCUGCCUUCUGAGUUUGAAUGUUGUUUUUGCACGUUCAAGGGUUACAAAGAGUUCAUAGACGCCGAGCAACUGAUGCCCAUGGCCACGUCGGAUCUUCGACAACCUGUGUGCGUGGAGUUGGCCUGCUUACAACGCCACCCGGCGCCUCGUGCCUUACCAGAAGCGACACCCAACAGCCUUGACAGUCCUGAUACAUUUGCAUCAUGCCUUACGCACCCUUUUCCUUCAGAGGGCGACAUCACGGGUGAGAACGACUCCUCAAACUUGUAUGUGAAUCCUUUGGAUGGUAGCGGUGGUGGCGGGGGCGGGGGCGGGGAAAGGGUUUCUGCUGAAUUUAACGGUGUGCGCAAGAGCGCUUCAGGGGAAGGGAGCGUAUUGUGUGCGAAAGGUUCGCAGGGCGAAGUCUCGCCGCGCGGCUCGCGUGGCAGUCUGUCGGGUGUGGGAUGUGGUGAGGCGUUAGUUGAGGCUUCGUUGUCGACACAACCACAGGCGGAUGACUUGCCCGCCGCCACCGACGACGCCAAGCCUAAACACAGAAAAGCGCGCUUCCAACAGGAAUGGUCCGAGGAGGAAAAGAGGCCGCCGAGAGGGAUAGCGACGAGAAUUAUCAAUCAUCACAUUCUAUUUGGUAAAAAUGGUAACAAGCGUGGAGGUGGCGGGUGGCCUCUAGAGAGUGACUCAAGAUCCAGAUCUAUUCUCAAGAAUAAAGAGGCUCGCGGCACCGACAGCGAACUGCUCCUGCAAGAGACUACAUCUCUUGGUGCCAAUGGCGACUCGGGCAGCGAGUCCUCACCCAUUCGCCUCAAAGACUUCAAGGGCCAGAAUCACAAAGGCGGUACCACCGACCGAAGCAACCUCGUGUCGUAAUAAACUCAUACUUUCAGUAUGGACGCCUAUACGCCUCGCGAUCUGUAGCCAAGCCCGUAGUUGCGCACGCACUUUCAUACAUUUAUUAGUGCAAUAAACACAAAUAAUUUUAACAUAUCAUUGGGCGAUUGUGACUGCUUGUUGAUAGAUUCUCAUUUUGUAGUUUAAGUAUUGUAAUAUAUAUAUAUAUUACAUAAUGUAAGAAUCGUUCAUUCCAAACGAAAAGUUGAAAGUACCUAUUUGUUAAGUUUUUUUUACGUGCAAUUAUUAAUUGCUAAUUCUAAUUUAAGCGAAUAUAGUUUGUACAGCAUACAUAGUUGAUGAAAAAAAGAAGCAAUUAUUAAAAUUAAAAAUUUUGGGAAAUUGUU